GUGUAGAGAUGGACCAGGAGAGAUGAUUGGGGAAGAGUUACAGAGAUGGACCAAGACAGAGGAUCCGGGAGGGGAUAUAAAGGUGUAAGGGGCCAGAUGGGCGGAGGUAGGAGGGUGUGGGGUUACAAGAUGGAUUGGAGCAUAGGGUCAGGGGUUGCAAAGAUGGGCAAGUGUCUGAAACACACACUGGAGUUUAGAGUACAGUUGGUCUAUUGCAUGGACUGGGGAUCGGGGCUGAACCAGAGGGCAGGAGAGAGUUAGGCAGGGAGGGGAGUCCCAACACCCCUUUUUUCAGUUCCCCCGCCGCAUCCGUGAUGAGGUUGUCCUUUCCAAAACAUCGGUGAUGUCCUCCUUCUUCAAAAUGGAGUUCAGCCAUGCUGAGCGGAUGAUGAUGACAAUUGCUGAUAUCCUGAAAGAACUGAUUGAAGCGCAUGAGCAAGGGAAGGAUGUCAACCUUAACAAAGUGAAAACAAAGAUUGCCUCAAAGUAUGGACUGACCUCACAGCCCAGGCUUGUGGACAUUAUUGCAGCUGUGCCUCCUCAGUACAAAAAGGUGUUGGUGCCAAAACUGAAAGCAAAACCUAUACGGACAGCCAGCGGGAUUGCUGUGGUUGCAGUGAUGUGUAAACCACACAGAUGUCCUCACAUCACCUUCACGGGAAACAUUUGUGUGUACUGUCCUGGAGGCCCAGACUCUGACUUUGAAUAUUCAACCCAGUCUUACACAGGAUAUGAGCCUACCUCAAUGCGAGCUAUUCGUGCAAGAUAUGACCCCUUCUUACAGACAAGGCACCGUGUGGAGCAGCUGAAACAAUUGGGCCACAGUGUGGACAAAGUCGAAUUCAUUGUGAUGGGUGGGACAUUCAUGGCACUUGGAGAGGAGUACAGGGAUUACUUCAUCCGGAGCCUACAUGACGCCCUGUCUGGGCACACCUCCAACAGCGUGGCAGAGGCUGUCAAGUACUCUGAGCGUAGCAGUACCAAAUGCAUUGGGAUUACGAUUGAAACCAGACCAGACUACUGUCUGAAACGCCAUCUCAGUGACAUGCUGCAUUAUGGGUGUACACGACUGGAGAUUGGAGUGCAAAGUGUUUAUGAAGAUGUAGCCAGAGACACUAACAGGGGUCACACGGUCAAAGCAGUGUGUGAAUCAUUUCAGCUGGCAAAGGAUGCUGGCUUUAAAGUUGUGGCACAUAUGAUGCCUGAUCUCCCCAAUGUUGGUCUGGAGCGUGACAUCGAACAGUUCAUCGAGUUCUUUGAAAACCCUGCAUUUCGCCCCGAUGGUAUGAAGCUGUACCCUACCCUGGUGAUCCGUGGCACGGGACUUUAUGAACUCUGGAAAACUGGCCGAUACAAAAGUUACUCUCCCAGCACAUUGGUGGAUUUGGUGGCUCGGAUUCUUGCACUUGUACCCCCAUGGACACGGGUGUAUCGCGUUCAGAGAGAUAUUCCAAUGCCUCUAGUCAGCUCUGGGGUGGAACACGGAAACCUCCGAGAACUAGCCCUGGCCAGGAUGAAAGACUGGGGAACUGAGUGUCGAGAUGUUCGGACAAGAGAGGUUGGAAUCCAGGAAAUUCAUCAUAAAGUCCGACCAUAUCAGGUAGAACUGGUAAGAAGAGAUUACGUUGCAAAUGGUGGCUGGGAAACAUUCCUGUCAUAUGAGGAUCCUGAGCAAGACAUUCUGAUUGGAUUACUCCGCUUGCGAAAGUGCUCUGAAGAGACAUUCCGAGCUGAGUUGAAGGGAGGAGUCUCUAUUGUGCGUGAGCUCCACGUAUACGGCAGUGUUGUACCUGUUAGUGCGAGGGAUCCGUCCAAGUUCCAGCAUCAGGGUUUUGGAAUGCUUUUAAUGGAGGAAGCUGAACGGAUUGCUCGAGAGGAGCACGGAUCUUCCAAAAUUGCAGUAAUUUCAGGGGUUGGUACAAGGAAUUACUAUAGGAAGAUUGGAUACGAAUUGGAAGGCCCCUAUAUGGUGAAGCAUCUGAACUGAGCUACCUCUCCCUCUCUGUGGAGUUGAACACAAAACUGGGAGAAGGUCCUGAUGCCAGACAGCUGGGCUCCUUUUAAAAGGAAAGACAUUUGCUAUAUCACCUCAGGGUGCUUAAUACUUGCCGAGGCUUUGAUGCCAUCACGCCUGGUUUCUGGAUACACAGAUUAUUGUACAGCUUUAGACACAGCGUGAUGCAUCUUCAUUGGGUAUGUGUACAGAUUGUUGAUUAAUGCAAUGUGUAUUGUUACAGGGGUCAGGGAGUAACCUCAAUCUCUGGUACAACCUUCAGUUGCCUCAGUUAUCAAUACCCUCACAGUCAAAGGAGAUAUUUAAAUGAUUUCAAAGAAAAUGGGGGUUAAGGGUGGGAGGUGGAAAUUUUAAGAUCCAUUACUGUAUUUGAUCAAAGAAUAUUUCAUACCACAAUAUUGUACCUACUUCUAGAUUAAUCUAACCUUUCCCUCCACAGAGUCCUCUGUUUUUCUUUCAUCUAUGUGCCUAUCUAAGGAUCUCUUAAAUAUCCCUACUGCAUUUGCUUCUGUCAGCACCCCUAGGCUGAACAUUCCAUGCACCCUCAACUGGGUGUAAAAAAAACUACCUCUGACAUUUCCCACUCCCCAUACUUCCCUCCAAUUUGCUUAAAAUUAUGCCCUCCGGUAUGAACCUGGAAUAAAGGCACUGAUUGUCCACUCUCAUCACCUUGUACAUUUCCAGAAGCACAAUUAUGAAAUUAUAUUUCUGAAUAAUCUUAAGUAAAAACAGAACUGUGUACAUAAAAUUGUGUAUUUGCUUAAUAUUGCUAUGGGAUGUUCCCUUAAUAGUGCCACUGGGAAGUACAAGCUUGGAUAUUAGAGCGUAACAGCAUUGUACAGGCUCCUUGGUCUAUAAUGGUGUGCUGACCUUUUAACCUACUCAAGAUCAACCCAAUGUCUGAUGUAUUAGCUGCUACCAACACCACCAAAGUUAAUAAAUGAUUAUUAAA